AAAACUUCAUUAGCACCCCAUUUAAGCAUCCGGGGUUAAAGAUGCUCUAACACCCCCUAAUUCGAGCGUCACUGAAGCAGAAGAUCACAUGGAGAAGGAGAAGGAAGAGUCACUGAGACUGGCGAUCGCCGUGUCUCUCCUACGAUCGAAGAUCCAGAACCGUCUAUCUUCUUCCUCUACUUCUCUCUGCGAUGCUCCCUCCGAAACCGAUCCUCUUCUCUGGAAGCAGAAGAACCGUCGAUCGUCUUCCUCUACUUCUCGUUGCGGUGCUCCUCCCUCCGAUACUGAUGCUCUUCGAUGGAAGCAGAAGGCAAAAGAGAGGAAGAAAGAGAUUAUCAGACUCCAGGAAGAUCUCAAAGAUGCUGAAAGUUGUGAUUUGUUCCCAGCGAAUGCUUCUUGCAAGUGUUAUUUCUUUGAUAACUUGGGAGAAUUCAGCGGCAGGCGUAUUGGAGAGGCCUCUGAACCGAGGUUUAACGAUGCUCUUCGUCGUAGAUUUCUCAGAAUAGAUUUCCUAGCAAGGAUAAGGGGAAGAAGGAAAUCAACUCGACCAUCUCAAAGAUUGCCGCUUUCAGGACUCUUGACUUCAGAACCUGAAUAUGAAGACGAAGCAGAGCAGCUAAGGAUAUCUAUUGAUUUUCUCCUGGAACUGUCCCAAGCAGCGGACUCCAGUGCCUCUUAUUUCAGCAACUGGUCACAUCAGGCUGUAGAUUUCAUAUUAGCUUCACUGAAGAAGCUGAUAUCGAUGGGGAGAACCUUGGAAUCUGUUGAAGAAUCUAUUAGUUUCAUGAUUACACAGUUGAUCGCAAGAAUGUGCACUCCCUUUAAAGGAAAUGAGGUGAAACAACUAGAAACUAGUGUUGGGUUAUAUGUCCAACAUUUGAUCCGUAAACUGGGAAGUGAUCCAUACAUUGGACAGCGUGCAAUAUUUGCUAUUUCACAGAGAAUAUCUAUUUUAGCCGAGAACUUACUGGUCAUGGACCCGUUUGAUGAAUCAUUCCCAGAGAUGGAUGAGUGCAUGUUUAUAUUGAUACAGUUAAUUGAGUUCCUGAUAAGUGACUAUUUGUUAUCGUGGGCAGAGAAUGAAGCAUUUGAAACUGUUGUGUUUGAGGAGUGGAUAUCAUCAGUUGUCCACACGAGGAAAGCAGUAGCUGCGUUGGAAGAAAGAAACGGGUUGUAUCUUCUUUUCAUGGACCGAGUCACAGGGGAGUUAGCUAAACGAGUUGGUCAAGUCACAUCUUUCAAGGAGGUCGAGCCAGCCAUUUUGGACAAAAUCUUAGCCUACCCAGAAUGAUACCUUUUCAGCUCAUGUCAAUGAUGAAGUCGGUGUACCGAGGAAGCUUGGCGUUUUCAUAAGGAAAAGGAGAGGAUUCAGAUACAGAAGGCCACACAGCACCACCAGAUCGGCUUCUGCAACACUUUUGCCAGGCUCCUUCCAUGUGACUGCUUGCCUCGCCUCCUCUUUCUUACUACCUCUUCUUCUCUAGCUUUUUAAUUGAUGUAGUAGAUAUUACUCUGCCUUUGUAAUGUCAACAGGUAAACUAACUCUGCGUGUAUAAACGUUAUGUAAGCGUGUACAUUUUGAAUGCUUGAGAUUGUGAAUUUUAUUUACA